AGAUUAUAGUGCCGGUACUUGUACUUCUUAUUUUUUUUUUAUGAGGUUUUGGAUCUUUACGCCGCCUUCUUAAUUAUUUUUUUCUCGUCUUGUUUUGUUGCAGCCUUUCGAUAUCUCAAAAUCCUUGACUUGUUCUUGAUACGGUGCAGUUACGUACAUAUACAUCUGUAACAAUUUACAACCAGUCGGGUUCAACGAUUUCUAUACCAGCACCACCCACCACCACCCACCACGAAUACUUUACUUUUUCUUCCCCUCGGGAUCAAACUCCUUUACCAUCUUUUCGUCAACAGAGGAUUACGAGUAUUGCGACCAUUUUCCCCUUCAAACAACUCGACCAAGUAAUUUUGAGACACUUUUAUUUCAUUCGCUAUGAAGGAAGCUCAUUAAGAAACCCCCGAUUCUGGACCACGCCCUCACGAUCCAAUCCUAAUUCAACAUCCCGACAACCUCUUUAACUCCUUCACACAAUGGUUCAAGUCACAGAUGAGCUAGCGUUGUCCCUCGAACAUCUGAGUCUCUACUUCACCCACGAUCCUCAUCUCUCCAAUCUACCCGUCCUCAUAUAUCAUGGUCCUUCGACAACUACCAAUUCCACCCUCAAUAGUUCGCGAAUUCAACUUCACAUCUUCACCGCUGCAGGUUUUCAAACGUACCAGCGCAUCACCAUUUCACCAAACUCACCGCUAUACCAAUCUGUAAAUUAUCUGCCGCGCGAUAAACAGGGCGAUGAAGUAUGCCGCGGUCUAGCCUUCGGUUUAUUCAAAUAUUUCAAAGAGUUACCAGAGGUGGUCAAGAGUGGUUUAAUCUUACAAGUUGCGAAUACUUCGAGAAAACAAAGACCCGGUUCGGCGCCAAAAUUAUUCGGCGAACAACAUGCGGCGGAUCUGGCGAGUUCGAUGGUGAGGGUGGAGAAUGUCGCGGAAGUUACAGCAGAUGUCGAGGCGGCGUUGCGAAUACAAAAUAUUAAUUACGUGGAUAUGGAUUUGGUUCUUCCGCCGGGCUCGAUAUCACCUUUACAGGAGUCGGAGGAGGAUUUGGAUGAAGAGGAAUAUCCGGAUCUUACAUUGAAGCAAUAUGGGUCGUAUGCAUCAUUGGUGAAGCUUUUUGGAGAAGUGACAUUUCUUCCCACUUCGAGAAUCCGCCGAGCUCCUUCGAGACCGACAUCAUUGAAUCGAAGUCGAUCAUUUCUCAAAGAUCAAAAGUUGGCUUUGCGACGGGAGAUGGGAGAAUUGGUGGAUACCGAGGAGCGUUAUGUGAUAAAGAUGCAUGAACUGGUCAAUCAUAUUGCGGAUGAUUUUCGAGCCAAGGCCAAGAGUCGAGCAUUUGGAAGCUUCAGUCCUUCAGAAGAUGAUUUACAAAAGCUCUUUCCACGAUGUUUGGAUAGGAUCCUACAAAUUAAUUCGGCCUUCUUAUCGGCGAUUCGUAAAGUGAUGGAUGAAACCGAGGAAGAAGCCAUGCAAGACCUAGAGGCACCGGUGGUUGGCUCCACCUCUUCUCGAUAUGGGGGCUCGGGUCGUCUGAAGGACCCUACUGGUGCACUGGCCUUUGCCAAAGUCUUGCUCGAAUGGUUCCCACAAUUUUCCGAGAGCUACCAACAAUAUAUCCAUGCGAGCCAGGAAUUUCCACAAAUUAUUUCGAGCUUCAUGAAACAACCGAGUAGUUUCUCAAGUAGAGUACAAGCGGCAGGGGAGCAACGUUUGAGAUCUGCUGUCAUCGAGCCCGUCCAGAGGUUACCGAGAUAUAGUCUCUUCAUUGACAAUAUCGUCAAUUCACUCCCCAUUCUUCAUCCGGCUUUACAACCGAUGCUGAAGGCUAGGGAUAUCAUUACUUCGAUAUGUUCCCUUGAUCCACCGGCCACUGAUAAAUCACAAGUUGUGAAUCGAUUGAGGUGUCUAGUUGAUGCUUGGCCUUCCACAUUACAUCCACAAGGACGUUUAAUCACGGCUGUUGACACGAUUGAGUUACCGGCUCCUUAUCAUGUCUGCCCUACUCCCGGUAACGGUGCAGGGAGUUCCAAGGAAGGUAUACUACUGCUCUUCGCAGAUUGCAUUGUUUUGUUGAAGAAGAACAAGGAUUGCUUACAAACAGCUCGAGGUGUCAUGGCGGAGAUCGACAAACCUUCUGCGCAGACUAUGAUGGCUUCGGUUACUGCAGCUGCUGGCGGACAAAAACAUAUCUUUGACCUUUCAUUUACUGGUUGGCAUGUUCUUGGCGAUACCAAGUUCACCUCUUCCGAUGACAAUCGAUGUAUUUGGUUAACCUCCUUGCAUGAGUUGAGAGACGCAAAUAUGGGACGAAAUCGCAAUCAAGCUGCCACGGUUCGAAACUUUGUCCUGCAAGGGGCUUAUGAAGCUAAGGCUUCUAGGUUGGGCGAAGAAUUAAUCAAAGCUAGACUUGAAGGAAGAUUUUCCGAGGCUGAGCGCGAAAGUGAUAAGUGGAGUCUACGAUCCAUGAAGCCAGCUGGAAUUUGUCUUUACACUGCUGUUUUCGCUGAGGGUGUAGAUGAUUUGAUUCAAGGUCGUAGAGAACCCGCUCCUGUUCGGCUAGUGGUCGACCAUGAGAAAGGUACCAAGGGUGCUCCUGUCGGUCAUUAUGGUGUUGAUAUUGUGGCAAAUGUUACAACGCUCGCAGGAGGUGAGAAGUAUAGACUUGAGAUAGAUGGACUUAAUGAUCGGGUAUAUGUGGAUGAGGUGCUUCCUGAGUAUUUCAUGAUGACAUUUGCUAAGAGAGGUACGUUCUUGCCUGAAGUUCUUAGGGCUCGCUAACAAACUUAGUAACUGAUCUACUUCGACUUCAACAUCACAUUAGCAACCCAUCUUUAUCUGCACCCUUUACUUCCUUCUACACCAAAAUCCUCAAAUCUAUCGAUGUUUUGUGCGAGGGUGAUAAAUCGAAAUCAUAUCGACCACAUUCUCCUGUCAAAAUGCUCUCUAGUUUACUUAAUAGUGGUUUCGGAAGUUCUGCAUCACCUUCACCUACGAAUGCGAAUGGAUUCGCAUCUCCUAAUAAAAUCUCACGACCUAUUAUCAUGGGUAAGAUUCCGUCACUAGAAUCACCACAAAUUGUUCGAACCAGUAGUAACAGAUCUUUACACUCCAUACAAGAUGUGGAUGGCAAAGGUGGUGUUCGAGCUACAUUUGAAGACAGUAGGCCCAUUAAUCCACUUGUUCGACUGGAAGAAACAUUCACUGGUUACAUUGCAGCGCUACAAUCAAGAAAAGGAAAUGUGGUUGGCAAGAACUUACGAACUAGGGGAGCUGCUGACGAAUUGGCUGUUAAUGCUCUAUAUAAUACUUUUAUUGAAAACCCUUUCGAUACUCGAGCAGCUUCUGAAACUUCUUUUGAUGUCAUAUUUGUGGCUUUUGAGAAGUUCUUACGAUUGGCAUGGAAGGAACAGAUGGGAUCCGUCAUGUCACUUGAAUCUCUUGACGCUUUGCAAGAAAGAUCUAUUAACCUUUACCCGGGAGAUUUCAGUGAAUACGUGAGGUUGAUAUUUGGAGAGAUGGCACCACAAAAUAGGAGAGCAUUUAUUGCAAUUAUCAAGUUGUUGGCAGAUCUUCUCGAUGGGUGUGGCAAUGAUGGUGAUCGUGGUUCUCUUACCGUUGCCUUUGCUGAAUUACUAGUUGUUGAUGGCGAACCACAUAACUACAUUAAUCUAUUGGAUCGUGUCGUCGAAGAUUCCGAUAGAUUAUUUGAUGAUCUUGGACCUGGAGCUGGCGUUGGAACUGGAGGUGGAGGUGGAGGUGGAGGUGGUAGUAAUUAUGGUUCCGUCGCAAGUCGAUCAAUGCAUUCAGCUACUGGAUCUAUCACAUCGAAUACAUCAUUACGAAGAAGAUUUGCCGAUACCGUCUUUCGUCAAAGUAGUACUAAAUCUGAUACAGAUCAUCGUCCUUCAGUUUGGAGGACUUUGAGUAAGACUACUCGCAGUGUUGCUACCGGAGAUCAGUACGCAUCCAAACCAGCUUUAGGAAGAGCUCAUUCAAUUGAAUCACCGGAUCGUAAGGCUCGACCAGGUUCUCGUGAUAGACCUACAGUUAUGGGCGCAUUUGAUGAUAGACCUGGUAGUUCCGAUUCGAUUGCACCAAAAUCAAGGCUUAGUACUAUUGGUGCAUCACCACCACCUGAAGACCAGGAUGAUAAUGGUACCACUAGAUCAUCUAAGAAGAAACGUCGAAGCUCUUUAUCUGAUCUUAAGAGUUUGAUGGCUCAAGCAGCCGUUGGACCCAUGACUCCAUCUCCUGAACAAGAACCUGCCAUGACAACGCCACCAAAUAAGUUGGAUUCCCCACCAAGAACUCCAUCUCCUAUAAAGGUUCCGGCGUCGCCGUUGAAGAUUACGAAGCUUCCAGUAAAUGGUUCAAUCAUGGACAGAGACCGAUCUCUUAUGUAUCGGAAUUCACCUGCUCUCAAGGAAAACACACCUCUUACCUCUCCUGAUCGAAGCGUCGGGAACUUGACCGAACGUGCCCAAAACAUCAUGUCCUCCUUAGACUCUACACCAGUCGCAUCUCCAAUUAAAGAACAAUGGCGAGCCGGUCACAAUAAAACCGUGUCUCUCUCUUCUAAUAUCCCUACUCUUCGUGGAACUCCCCGUGAUCCUUCCCGUCCAAUAAACUCCUCCGCAAACAACUUGAAUGGCAUUAAAUCUCCUCAACGUCUCCGACUACAAAGUCCUCAAAAGCUUCGUGAACGUCUCCAAAAUGAAGCCAAAGCCAUUAAUGAAGCAGAAGCUUCACUUCAAAAUGAAUUGUCAAAGAUUGGUGAAGAAAUGGCAAAAUUAAAUGCUGUUUCUGCUAUUCCUCGAACUUCUGAUAUUGCGAGACUUUCAGAGGCAGUUUUACUUCUUGAAACAAAAAUUCCCACUGUUGUUAAGGAAUUAAAUGAGAGGAAUGAUGCUGUGAAGAAGGAAUUAGAGACGAGUUUGCAGGCUAGUGAGUUUAAGGUCAGGGCAUUGGAUCAACUUUAUAAGGAGAGUAGCGCGGAGAAUGAAUUGUUAUAUGAAAAGUUUAAUGCGGAAUUGGGAAAGAUUGUUAAGGCGCUGAGGACAAGUAAAAAGACGGUAAAUGGAGCAGGUGGAGAAGAUGGGAAUGGGGUUAAUGGAGCUAUGAGCGCGAAAGAAGAAUUAGUUACGAGGAUGAGGGAGAGUAGUGAGGAGGCUGCUAGGGUUAAGAAGGAAAAUGCUAGGUUGAGGAGGGAAGUUUUGACGUUGAGGACUUUAUUGAAGGGGCAAGAGGGUGUUGCGCCACAGUAGGUGGAGAAGGAAAAGGUGUCGAGUGAAAUGCGAUGAGACGAGGACAAGUAAUGAUUUAUGCCGCUAUGUCGUUAUGACUUUCUUUCUUUUUUCUGUCUAAUCGGCUGGAAAUAUCUUUUGGUUGAUUUGGGUUGAGGUGACUGGACCGGCUGGCUGGCGUUAAGUCCUUUAUAAUACCCUGGUAUUUUGGGGGUUGGGGACAGACGUAUGGCUGGUUUGGUUUGGUUUGGAGGAAUGCAUUGAUGGAUGGAUGGGGAUGGAUGCGGGAUAUUUAUGCAUUAAUGGAAGGAUGGAAGGAUGGGGAUGGGGAUGAUUUGGGGAAUGGUUUGAUGAAUGAUCGAUUUUAUGCAUAUGAUACCAAGUUUUAUGUUCAUGUUGAUGUUCAUAUGAGUUAUGAUUUGGUUUUGUUUGUGGUUUGUGGUGGAAGUGGGGAGUGGAAGUGGAGGAUGGGUGGGUCGAAAUUGAGGAGCUUAAUAUAUAAGAUGAAUGGUGAUGGGGAAGAUGGGAAUGAGAAAGGAAAGGGGAUAUGGAAUAGGAUGGGAUGGGUGAGGAAAAAGGAAAGGGGAAGAGAAAAGCAUAAGGGAUUAAUACUUCUUGUGUAUAUAUAUAGAUGUAUAUAUAUAAUAGUAUAUCGUGUCUAGUCUAUAUCACUGGUGCACU